AUGGACAGGAGCUCCCUUCUGCAGCUCAUCCAGGAGCAGCUCGACCCCGAAAACACUGGCUUCAUCGGGGUGGAGACGUUCGCCAGCCUGGUGCACAGCCAUGAGCUGCCCCUGGACCCCGCCAAGCUCGACAUGCUGGUGGCCCUGGCACAGGGCAACGACGAGGGGCAGGUCUGCUAUCAGGAGCUUGUAGACCUGAUCAGCAGCAAGCGCUCCAGCAGCUUCAAGCGCGCCAUCGCCAACGGGCAGCGGGCGCUGCCCCGCGACGUCCUGCUGGACGAGACCGGCCUCGGCAUCUACAAACGCUUCGUCCGCUACGUGGCCUACGAGAUCCUGCCCUGCGAGAUGGACCGGCGCUGGUACUUCUACCAGCACCGCACCUGCCCGCCCCCUGUCUUCAUGGCAGCCGUCACCCUCACCCAGAUCAUUGUGUUCCUGUGCUACGGGGCCCGGCUGAACAAGUGGGUGCUGCAGACCUACCACCCCGAGUACAUGAAGAGCCCCCUGGUCUACCACCCCGGGCACCGGGCACGCGCCUGGCGCUUCCUCACCUACAUGUUCAUGCACGUGGGGCUGGAGCAGCUGGGGUUCAACGCCCUCCUGCAGCUGAUGAUAGGGGUGCCCCUGGAGAUGGUGCACGGCAUCCUGCGCAUCAGCUUCCUCUACCUGGCCGGAGUCCUGGCAGGCUCCCUCACCGUCUCCAUCACGGACAUGAGGGCCCCCCUGGUCGGGGGCUCAGGGGGGGUCUACGCCCUCUGCUCUGCUCACCUCGCCAAUGUUGUCAUGAACUGGGCCGGGAUGCGCUGUCCCUACAAGCUGCUGCGGAUGGUGUUGGCGCUGGUGUGCAUGAGCUCCGAGGUUGGUCGCGCUGUCUGGCUCCGCUUCUCGCCGCCGCUGCCGGCCUCGGGCCCCCAGCCCAGCUUCAUGGCGCACCUGGCAGGGGCCAUCGUGGGCAUCAGCAUGGGGCUGACCAUCCUGCGCAGCUACGAGGAAAGCCUGCAGGACCAGUGCGGCUGGUGGGUGCUGCUGCUGUCCUACGGCACCUUCCUGCUCUUUGCCGUCUUCUGGAACAUCUUCGCCUACGACAUGCUGGGGGCACAGAUCCCCCCCCCGCCGUAG